AUGGGAAUCUAACAAUAACUUAAAAUAACUCUAUUCUCAACUUUUCUGCUGCUAUCUGUUGUAUAUGGCUAAACAAUAUACGGGCCAAUGAACUCAUAAGUUUUUUCCCCUAUGUACUCGGCUGAGUGGCAGACUAUCAAUGAGCUAGAUGGUGCUUUGAAACUCUAAGUGUCUCUAACUAUCUAAGCUUUGCCGUAUGACACAUGGUCAGAUUAAAAUCAAGACGGUGUUUGGCUGGGAAUAGGCUUUGGAUCAUAGGUAAUGGUUGGAUCUGAUAUCGUGAUGUGUGAAUUUAAAUUUUCUGGGACAGCUGCUGCUGAUAAGUUUAUUUGCUCAGAUAGAAAGGCAUCAGCUUACUCUAUUCCACCCAAAGACACAACCGAAAAUGUAGUCUAUGUUAAUACCUAAAAGAAUUUUGACCCAGUUACUAAAACAUGCACAUUAAUUGCAACAUUCAAGAGAAAUCUUUACACUGAUGAUCAGAAUGACCAGGAUUUCAAAUUAAGAGAUGGUGACACCGUUGAUGCACUAUGGGCAUGGGGUUAUAUUCAAAGCAAUAAUCCUUAAGGCCAUGGCUCAUCCGAUUUAAAGAGAGAUGGCUUCAGAAUGAGAUUGUUUUCAAUUAGUGAAGCUACAAUGUUUGGAAUGAGUUGUUUGUUUAGUAUAAUUGCAAUGUUUGCUGCAAUGAUCCUUAUUUGA